CUGAAGGAGGCUGGAGUCAAAUUCCUCUCUGCGUAGGAGCUCCAACACGACACAGGGCAGCGACUAACGGACCGCUCGCCCAUCGACUGAUCAUUGAUCAAACUACAACUUGUCCAAUUCUUCAUCUGCUUAUCACCGCGUCGGAUAUUGCUGUUCCUGUGAAAACCAGCUGUUAGGGGCUUUUAUGGGCUUUUCAAUAUGCAUUAACUGUCGCUACAAUUCGUUUGCAUCAUAAAAAUCCUCUAAACUCUCCGGCUGCAAAAAUGUUUAAGGACUAAACUACGGCAGUAAAAGUUGGUCUGUUAAGAGAUAGUUUUAAACAAAGAAGUCUCUUGACUUUUCCACAGCGGAAGUGAGCUCAGUCAUGCUUCGUGUCAGUGCAUAGUUGCUGGACGUAACACUACUGUUCAACCAUCAACUUCUUUGCCUUGUUCUUCAUGGAGACAUGUUUGCUGGAUAGUUGGGCCUGAAAUGCCACAUCAACGCUCUACAACACCAAAGCCAAGGAGUUAUGGAAGGAAAUGGGGAGCUGGUUUUGGACGAAUGCCUCAUUACACGCUAUGAUAAUUUUCCAGACAGAUGGACAGACAGAGCGAGGUCACAAGUUGUGGGGUGUUGCACAUCUGUAGAGGCAUACUGCUUCUCAGGAGCCUGCUGACACAUGGAUCUGCUGAUGUGGCAGAGCCUCAGGGACAGCUGGCAGCGUUGGCCGUAAGAGACUCCACCGGAGGCCGGGCUACAUGAGAGGGGAACAGACCAGACCACAAAGUUUUACAGAUGAUAUUGAAGACUUGGAGGAAGAACAAGAAGAAAAAGAUGGAGCAAUUUGCAUAAGGAAUGGAAAGAGUAAAUGUGAAACUGAGGGGGUAAUCACUGCACAACCUGACAAAACCUCCCAUGACAUCCCUCUUGCGUCCACCAACAACAGUGCCCUCAGUGAACCAAAGAGUGAACUCAUGUUAAACCACACCCCGGUAUUCCAGCAUUCAACUGCUCCUGAAGAGUCUUUCAACUCCAGUUUUAGUUUCAUUCAACAGUCUCUCAGGACCCUCAUGGCUCCUGCAACACCAGCACUUGAUCCAGAGCCAAAAGCUACCGCAGUGCCUGAUUUCUCUCAAAUUCAAUCAGCAGCAUUGUUUCCUGUUCAGCCUGAAUCCAAACCCUCCACCCAUGUCACAGCUAACUCAGUCCUGAGCAGCCACAAAGAGAGGGAGACACUCUGUUUAGGUGGACGGUUUUGGGGUGAACACGCGUGGGACAGCAGAGAUGGUGACUUCCAGUGUCUGGAUACAGAAAUCACUUCUUCAUUGUCACUUGAUUCAGACACCGCCUCUGCAUCCUCAGUCACGUCAGGAUACGAGAGCGCCACACCUGCUUCUGACCAAGGUUGGGACAAUUUGGUGAGGAAGUAUGACAACGUACUGCAAGAGUGUCUCCAAAACAACCGGACGCACACAAAGAUCGAAUCCAUGAUGUUAAAGCUUCAGAGACUGCAGCAAAAAGCCAUUGUGGAAGAUGACUAUGAUGCAGCUGAGCGAUUUGGGAAAAAGCUGGAGGAGCUGUGCAAGGAGCGAGGAGCUCUUAAACUCGGUUUACCUUCCAGACAGCCCAGCGUGGCUCUGUUCCUCCAGAGGCUUAGAGAGGUGGUGCAGAGCGCCCUCCGCAGGGCAGACAGCAGUCAGCACAGGUCAGGAGUAGAAUCCGAUGGAGGAGAGCAGUCGGACUCAAUGCGCCGCCGAGAUCGUCUCAUACAAGAGAAGCGGACGGUAGAGGAGGAAAUGGAGGAACUCCAGCAGAGACUGGCGGAGCUGCAGGAUCGCAGUCGAUGUCUGGACCAGCAGAUCCAGCAAGAGGAACAACAGAUGGAGGCUGAGGAACUGGAAGGGUCCAUUCUGAGGAGCUGUACCACGGCCCAGCUCCGAGACAUGAGCCGAACCCUUCAUGAUCUUGUGAUGUCUGACAACCGCAUCCAGAUCUUAGUUUCUCCUCCUCCUUCCAUGCUCAGACUCCAGGAGCAGGAGCAAGCAUUGAAUCUAUCCAUCAAGGAAGCCACUGCCAAAGUGGUCAUGAGUCAGAAGCUGGGCAGCAGCCUCAGGAGGAAAGUCAGUGAGACUGAAACUCAGCUCUUAGCUCUGCAAGAAGCCAAACUGGCUGCCAUCUCAGGUAAUGACUUCAGCAGCGCCAAGGAGCUAAAGGCUGAGAUGAAGGCGGUAUACCAGGAGCAGGAGCGACUGGAGGCCCUGGCCAAAAGGCUACACAGUCUCAGCUCAGGGAGCAGCCAAGAGCUGGCCAGGAUGAAGGAGCAGCGGCAGCAGCUCAGACAGGAGCUGGAGCACAGGGAGGCGCGGCAUGAAAGCCAGCUGAAAGACAAUGCCGUCAAAUAUAUUGAGCUAUUGGAGGACAGGUUACAUAGCUGUAGCUGCUCAGGCCUGGAGCGGAUUUGGGAAGCAGACCUGGAAGCGUGUCAUCUAUUCUUAAGAGGUUUGCAUUUACGCACAUCCGUCAGUAUCGGAGCAGACAUGGAUGACCAUCUCGCCACAGCUGACUAUGCUUCAAAUCGAAUGUGCGACAAAGAGGAAGAAGACAGCGCCAUGUUAACUGCGUUGGGCGGCCGCUGGUGUCCCGAGGCUAAUUUACAGAACUCUGAGUUCACCAAGAAAUUGGAGGAGUUUUUGUUCUGCAUGGAAGAUAAUAACCCACAGCAGGACGUGUCCAGCGAUGAUGAAGCGGCAGACCUAGCUGAGCGCUGUGAGGUGAUCAGUGAUAGACUGAUGACCUUGGAGGACGACUUACACACGGCCAUACUAAACCGGGAUCAGGCCCUGGCUGAGUCACUGGAGAGGCAAGUUCAGGAGGUGAAAGCCACUUUGCAAAACAUGCUGGCCCUGCUCAGAGAGGAGGACAUGGAGGACGUGCACAUUCAUGAAGUGCGGGAUGAUGGCCACCCUGAGGAGAAUGAUAUUUUGGAAGAGGAGGAGGAAGAGGACCAGUACUUCAGUGACAGCUGGGACAUUUGAAGCGGAUGCCUGUUGUGUUUUAUCAGCAUUUAAACUGGGAGCCUGACCUGCACUCUGCAGUAGAACUGACCCCAUCUCCAUUUAAUGUAAAGACACACUCAAAGCACUGUUGAACUGCCUAAAGUCUCCAUCUAUUUCUAAUAUAGAAAAAAAAAAAACAUUUCAUAUAUGCAGGGAUACAACACUUUGUUUCAAACUAGCUAAGUGCCUUCAGGCUUCUCAGUUUUCUUAUUCCAGAUUAAGAAAUCAAGGAAUUAAAUGAUUUGCAAGAAUUGUUUCAAUCAUAUGACCAAACAGUUGAACUCCCAAGUUUGCACCACUUUGGAAAAAAAAAAAA